CGGGCGAGAAGGUUUGCUCGUAUGACAUGAGCGCCGGCCUGAGGAAUUGAAUUUUCCAAGUCGGAAGGAAUAUCUCUUCAGCAUCUCCCUCCAUUCCCGGCUCCCUUCCCGGUCUCUCUCUCUCUCUCUCUCUCCUCGAACUCCAGCACCGAGCGCCGGCCGCGCGCGCAAUGGCGAGGCGAGGGACCAUCACCCACGUCAUCUUCGACAUGGACGGCCUCCUCCUCGAUACGGAGAAAUUUUAUACAGAAGUCCAGGAAAUUAUACUUGCAAGAUAUAAUAAAACAUUUGAUUGGUCUCUCAAGGCAAAAAUGAUGGGCAAGAAAGCAAUUGAAGCUGCUCGAGUCUUUGUUGAAGAAACUGGAAUCAGUGAUGUUCUCACUGCUGAGGACUUUCUUGUGGAGAGGGAAGAGAUGUUAAAAACAAUGUUUCCCACGAGUGAGCUAAUGCCAGGGGCUAGCCGCUUGAUCAGACAUCUUCAUGCAAAAGGGAUACCAAUCUGCUUGGCUACAGGCUCCCAUAGGCGCCAUUUUGAACUGAAGACUCAAAGACACGGUGAGCUUUUUUCCUUGAUGCAUCAUGUGGUGCUUGGUGAUGACCCAGAAGUCAAACAAGGGAAGCCAUCACCAGAUAUAUUUCUGGCAGCAGCCAGGAGAUUUGAGGGUGGACCGGUUGAUCCACUCAAUGUUGUCGUGUUUGAAGAUGCUCCUGCUGGAGUUAACGCCGCGAAAAAUGCUGGGAUGUUUGCGGUUAUGGUGCCAGAUCCCAGGCUUGAUAGCUCUUUUCAUGAUGUAGCGGACCAAGUACUGAAAUCUCUGUUGGAUUUCGAUCCAUUGGAAUGGGGUUUGCCCCCCUUUGACAGAAAAGCUGAGAAUUCAUUUGAAAAUCAGACGAUGUGCAAUGGCAUCUCGUGUCAAAUUCAUUUAUGAAAGAUGGAGGGUGAUUGGGCUCAAUCUGAGGUUGUUGAGGUGUAGAUGUGUUGGCGACACUCUGAAGGAAAACCCUUCUUCCAUCCUCUGUUUUCUGCAUCUCAUAGUGUGGAGGAAGAAGCCGCAAGAGUUUCUGAGCUCAUCUGGGAUAAUUAUACUUCCCAGUGUGGAUUUUUUGGUUGGUGUCACUUUUGACCGAGAGAAAGCCUGUGUCAAUUUAAUUUCUGUAAGUUGUGUUACAUGAUCGGAUCACUUUGUUUAGGAGAAUAAUUAUGUCGGAGGAGUCCGGACGGUAGAAAGUGCAUCUGUCCUUGCGAGGAUGAAAAUGGGCAACGAGUGCGGGCAUGACUCGCAUUGCUUCCAUUAAGAUUUCUUUGAACA